AACACAGCAUUGGUAGGCAAAGCGUUCGCUAGGACAAGCCGACCUGCAGCUCUCACACGAACACGCCGAACCUUGCGAAGGCAAGCCGCACCUCCCUCCACCUGUGGCUCAGGGCACCACGUCUGCGUCUGCGGAUCGGACUGCCGCCCUCCUUCUUCAGCCCUUUUUUGCCACCGCGCGCAGCCCCUUCCGCAUCCCCGAACAUGCCGGCGCAGCGCAACCUGCUCAGCAAGAUCCUCGCCGCGACCCUGGCCGCGAGCGCCUGCCUCCUUGCCCUCCGCGGCGGCGCGGGCUCGGCCUUCGCCCCCUCGGCGCCCGCCGAGGCGCGCCGCACGCCCGCGGAGCCCCGCCCCGCCCUGCGCUCGCCGCGCACCCCGCGCUCGGCCCUGCGGGAGCGCCAGAGGUCGGCGCCUCCUCCCGUGACCGAGCAGCCCCGGCCGCAGCUCCACAAGCCGGCGGAUGAGGACGCUUGGCGCCUCGGCGGCGACGUGGCCGGCGCGACCGUCGUCUCGGACGCCCGCCUCUCGCAGCAGCGGACCGGCGCCGCGACCGAGUGGACGGUGGAGUCGCCGAUCACCUUCAGCUACAAGGUCCGCGAGAGCGUCGACAUCCUCGAUCCGUCGAGCACCGACCUCCUGUUCGGCUUCCUCGACGGCGACGUCGACGCGCUCGUCCGCGCUCUGUCGCGCGCCGUCAAGCGCGUCGUCGUCGUCGAUGACAACGUGUUCGCGAUCUACGGCGACAAGAUCAAGGCUUACCUCGAGCACCACAACGUCGAGCACCGGCUGCUCGUGCUGCCGACGAACGAGGAGCACAAGAACAUGGACAUGGUGCUCAAGAUCGCCGAGGCCAUCCACGACCUCGGUAUCGACCGCCGCCUCGACCCCGUCAUCGCCAUCGGAGGAGGCGUGUGCAUGGACAUCGUCGGCUUCGCUGCCUCCAUCUACCGCCGUCGCACGCCGUACAUCCGCGUGCCGACGACGGUGAUGGGGUAUGUCGACGCGAGCAUCGGUGCGAAGACUGGCGUCAACUUCGUCGGCCAGAAGAACAAGCUCGGCGCCUACCUGCCACCAGCGCUCACGCUGCUCGACCGCUCUUUCCUCGGCUCCCUCGACCAGCGACAGCUCUCCAAUGGUGCCGCUGAGAUCCUCAAGAUGGCGUUGGUCAAGGACGGCGAAUUGUACGAGCUGCUCGCCAACCACGGCGAGGAGCUGAUCGAUGGCAAGUUCCAGGAUGCCGACGCCGGCGGCUCCGUCGCCUCCGCUCGCGUGCUCAACCUCGCCAUCCAGACGAUGCUCGAGGAGCUCGCGCCAAACCUAUGGGAGGACUCCCUCGAGCGGCUCGUCGACUUUGGGCACGUCUUCUCGAUGGAGCUCGAGAUGUCGGUGCUGCACGAUGAGAAGCUCUUCCACGGGGAGGCCGUCGCGAUCGACAUGGUCUUCUCGUCGGUCCUCGCCCACGUGCGCGGCCACAUCAGCAUGCCGUACCUCGAGUCCAUCAUCGCGACAGCGCGCGGCCUCAAGCUGCCCGUCUACCACGAGAGGAUGGACUCCGCGCAGGUUGCCGUCUCGCUCAAGGAUCGGAUCAAGUUCUCACAGGGCCAAAAGAUCCCGCUGCCCACCGGCCAUGGCGUGGCGCGCCUCUUCAAUGACAUCACCCAAGAGCAGAUGGACGAGGCUCUAGCCCUCUGGAAGCAGCUCUGCGCGUGAGACGGCGGCGAGUUGCCCUUAGAGCGAGAGGCUCUAGCGCUCUGCGGUGACGGGUGUGUUGCCACGAGGAGGCCACAGCGCGCGGGGUGUGGGAGGGUGUUAGAGGAGGAGCAGGAUCAGGAGGAGGAUCAGGAGGAUCACGAAUACUGCCCAACCUCAACUUAGCUUGGCGCAUGAUUUGUAUCUGCGUGGCCCGCCUCAUCACUUGUGAGGUUUAGGGGCGCCAUUUUUCGGACUGAGCAAGGCUACGUGAAGACGUACUCUGUUGUCGCAGGUUGUUGUUACCUGUCAUAACCUCCUUGCAGACAUGGCUUCGUUGUUCUCGUCCUCGUCCUGACGAUGGCUUCUGUUUCCGAAGCACCAGGCUUGGCGAUUUUCUGCCAUUUUUCAGCGCCGAGUUGCCAGCACUUGAGCCCCAUGCGCUUGCAGAAUGCACCACCGCAUCGGUGACGGAUUCGACGAGCGUGCUCGUGCCGACUCGUGCCCCGGUUUUCUCUUUCGAUCUGCUCGUGUGUCCCUGCGCUCCCGGCGCAGGGGCCCCGAGGCGCCCGCUUUUUUUCCUGGCGGCCGAGGCCGAAGCCCUCGCGCCCGCUGUGCGCGCCGCACGAAGACGGCGCGGCGCAGCUCGAGGGGCACCCGCGGGGCGCCUUGGCCCGCAGCCGCGGCGCCCGCGCGUCGGCGCCCCGCGGCAACCAAA